AUGAAUGCAUCGGGAGCAGGACAGCGCAAUAAUGCAAGUAUUGAUGCCAUCCAUUCACUACCGUCGGCAACAGAAUUAGAACUCACCACGAUCCGAUACGAGACUCAACCUCCAAUUCCCGGCAAACUCGAUGAUCCGUACCUUGUUGCCUUUUCUCCAAACGAUGCCUCCAACCCCAAGGAUUGGCAUUCCCGUCGCAAAUGGGCUGUCACUGACGUGCUUUCCGCGACUGGCUUCAAUCGCAUCAUGGUCUCCACCAUAAUGGCCCCCGCAUUGCCUCUUAUCGCACAAGAAUUAACGAUGAACUCCACCGAGACUAUGAUGUCCUUUUCAAGCUUCGUUCUCGCGACUGCUUUUGGUCCUCUGAUCAUUGGUCCGCUGUCAGAAGUGUACGGGCGCUCGCCUAUUCUGCAUGCGAGCAAUGUGUGGUUCCUUGUCUGGAACAUUGCAUGUGGAUUUGCAAACAACAAACACACACUUAUUGCUGGGAGAUUUCUUGCUGGUUUUGGCGCGAGCAGCAUAUAUGCGCUAAGAGGUGGAGUUCUGGGAGAUAUAUGGACGCCUGAACAGCGAGGAAAGUCGCUUGGGAUUUACAUAUUGAUUCCACUUCUAGGAGCGGCUGUAGGCCCAAUCAUUGGAGGGUUUAUGGCGGGACGUACAACUUGGAGGUGGAUGUUCUGGUCCACAUCAGCCUUCCAAGCCGUCAUGAUCAUUGCCUCCUUCACUUCUUUUCGCGAGACGUACGCACCUCUCAUUCUCAAGCGUCGCGCAGAACGACUACGGAAGGCGACAGGCGAUACUCGCUACUACACGGCGCGUGAACGGAUGCAGGAGAAGAAAUCAGUAGUGCAAGUGCUGACCAAGGCUUUGUCGCGACCACUCCGAUUGAUGCUCCAUCACCCAGUCAUUCAAGUCGCGAGUUUGAUCGAGGCGUUUUACUACGGUAUCCUUUAUCUCUUGCUUGCCAGCUUCGCAGAUCUCUGGACGCAACGUUACCACGUUAGUACAGAGAUGAGCGGUCUGCACUACAUAGCUGUAGCUGGAGGUGAGCUCGUUGGAAGCCAGCUAGGAGGAUACGUCCUUGAUGCUUUCCGCCGCCGCCUGGUGGCUCGUGAGACGGACUCCUCCCUCAGCCCCGAACAUCGCCUACCGCUCAUCUUUCCUAGCCAACUGAUUGGCUUCGUCGGACUCCUUGUGUACGGCUGGACGGCACAAUACCACUUGCACUGGGUUGCUGUCGACAUUGGUAUGGUUGUCGCAUGCGCCGGUCUACAAAUGUCGGGCAUGGUAAUGCACGCGUACGUAAUAGAUGCGUACGCAGAGCAUACCAGUAGCGCGCAGUCUGCAACGCAAUUUCUGACGAGCAUGACCGCAUUUCUGUUUCCGCUGUUUGCGCCAAGUCUGUACAGGGCGCUAGGGUAUGGUUGGGGAAACACUCUGUUGGUUGCGAUCGGGUUGUUUCCCGGAUUUCCGAUGGUGUACUCGCUGUGGAAGUGUGGUCUGCGGUGGAGGAUGAACAGUCCGUCCACCGAGUGA